UACUACAAGAUCCUCGAGGUCGAACAGUCUGCAACAGCCGAAGUGAUCACGAAGUCAUACAGGAGCCUUGCCAUGAAGCUACAUCCGGAUCGAAAUAGCGAGUGCGAUGCCACUGCGUGCUUUCAGAAACUGGGGCAGGCAUUCGAAACACUGAUUGAUCCUGUUAAGCGGCGAGCAUACGAUCGAGUCUAUCACACUAGUAG